GAAGAAACGCUGGUUCGUCCUGCGCAGCGGUCGGAUGAGUGGCGACCCCGACGUCCUGGAGUACUACAAAAAUGACCACUCCAAGAAACCUUUGCGUGUGAUCAACCUCAAUUUCUGCGAGCAAGUGGACGCAGGCCUGACUUUCAACAAGAAGGAGCUGCAAGACAGCUACAUCUUUGACAUCAAGACUAGUGACAGGACCUUCUACCUGGUGGCUGAGACCGAGGACGACAUGAACAAGUGGGUUCGCAGCAUCUGCCAGAUCUGUGGCUUCAACCAGUCUGAGGAGAACACAGAUACCCUGAGGAGCAUCGCCUCCAUGAACCAUGCACCGCGGUCCUCCCCGGCAGAACUCAGCAGUGCCAACCACCACCUGCUGCGAGAGCGCAAGUCCUCAGCGCCGUCCCACUCCAGCCAGCCCACCCUGUUCACCUUCGACUCGCCCGCCGGCCACCUCCAGAGCACCCUCUCCGCCAGUGCCCCCCAGGACUACCUUUUCCUCCACCAGUGUAUGAGCAGAAAGUCAGAAAACGCAAGAAGCGCCAGCUUCUCCCAGGCCACAAGGUCCGCCUUCUUCAUGCGGAGCGACACAGCGGUCCAGAAGCUCUCACAGGGCAACGGGCACUGCGUGAACGGGGUUGGUGGGCAGCUCCACGGCUUUUACAGCCUGCCAAAACCCAGCCGGCACAACUCGGACUUCAGGGACAGUGCAUAUGACCUCCCGCGCUCCUUCGGUUCCUACACCCACCCCAAAUCGAGCCUCACCAGCUCCGAAACCGAUAACGAGGAGGUCUACACCUACAAGACUCCCAACAACACCCUAUGCAAGGAGUUUGGGGAGCUCUCCACGGACUCCUAUGACAUCCCUGCCACCCCACUCUCUGUCUACCAGAUCCCCAGGACAUUUACACUGGACAAGAACCACAAUGCUCUGGCUGUGGCCGCCAGCGACUCGCCCGCUGCACCACCCCCGCGGCCCCCGAAACCCGGGCAGACGGAGCCCCGGUGGGGCAGCCCGCCCCAGCGGCCCCAACCCGGUGAAAGCUUAGGGCUGGCCCCCAUGGCAGCCACCAUUCCCCGGAGAAACACGCUGCCAGCGGUGGAGAACAGCAGGCUGCACCGAGCUUCUUCUUGCGAGACGUACGAAUACCCCCAGCACGGGGGAGGCAGCGCUGUGCAGUCAGUCGAGUCAAUGAAUGACGGGUACAACUCCUACCUGCAAGCCAAGGCAGUGGUGGCCCGCUCCCACAGCACCGACUCCGAGGACAACUAUGUCCCCAUGAACCCCGGUUCCUCACCCUUGAUCCACACCGAGAAAGCCAAUGACAAUGCCCAAAAUCUCUACAUCCCCAUGAGCCCUGGGCCGCAUCACUUUGACCUGGUGGGGUUGUCCUCGGCCACCCUCCCCGUGCAUAAAGGAGGAGCCAUGGCGCAGUGCCACAGACGGUUGAGUGAGAUCCAGCCCCCGCCAGUGAACCGCAACCUCAAACCCGACCGGAAAGCAAAGCCAUCGCCACUGGACCUGAGGAACAACACCGUCAUCGAUGAGCUUCCCUUCAAAUCGCCAGUCACGAAAUCCUGGUCCAGGCCAACCCAGACUUUCAACGCCGGCUCUUUGCAAUACUGUCGCCCUGUCUCCUCCCAGAGCAUCACCAGCACUGACUCAGGAGACAGUGAGGAGAACUACGUGGCGAUGCAAAACCCCAUUUCUGCUUCUCCUGUUCCUAGUGGCACCAACAGCCCAGCGCCUAAAAAGAGUUCGGGGAGUGUGGAUUAUCUGGCCCUGGACUUCCAGCCAAGCUCACCAGGGCCACACAGAAAGCCCUCCACCUCCUCGGUCGCCUCGGAUGAGAAGGUCGAUUACGUGCAAGUGGACAAGGAGAAGACGCAGGCGCUGCAGAGCACCAUGCAGGAGUGGACUGACGUGCGGCAGUCCUCGGAGCCCGCCAAGAGCACGAAGCAGUAGCGCCUGGGGCAGGCAGCAAAACAGGGAAAUGUCCCAGUGGUUUUCCCCAGCUGGGGCACCGCCAGGGUGCCAGUUCCACUUGGGCUGGGUUUCUAAGACUUGUCUGUGGAGGGGGUCUUCAUUAUUUUUUUUUCUUUUAGGACAAAAAGAAACUUAAUUUCAGGGGAAGACUUGGCGGAUACUGUUUGCCAGUGAUAAAGACCAACUAUGUUCGGUGGCUAGGUUUGUGCUUUAGCUGCUGGAUGCACUAUCCAGGAACUUCGACUUAGCAAUACCAGGUUUCACCCUACACAUCUUUUGCUUACAGCUAUUAAAGCCACCUUGUAUGUGCUAACACCGCAUCAUCUCUCCCCGUCUUCUUCCAUACUGUACCCCCAAACUGUGCCAUGCAGGUUUGCAGCAUCUCUCAUAGGACAUCAUUCCCCAGCUCUGAUUCCCCACUCCUUAUGGUCGCCCUCUUCUCUGCCUCCUCCCAAUCCCAAAACUGAGCAAGGACCAUGCCUUUUGAAAUCA